AUGGAUGAAAUACAAAAGAUCGAACAACAGGAGAUAAUGGUGGAGUUAUUCUCCAUCCUUCAUGAUUUGAAAUCGUUUAAGAUCCUGGCUAAAGAUUUCGAUAAUAAGUUGGGUGUGAUAAGGUCAAAGUUGAAUAAUGUGAAGUAUCACCUUCAUAGAAUUGAGAAUAUAACUGAAUCUAUUGAUGAACGAGAAGCUAAGAUUGAAAAUACCUUGUGUAACAACAAUAAGAAGAUAGAUUUCUUGAACGAUUUCAAAGAGAAGGUUGAAGGAAGAAUAUGA